GGCAGCCCGUCCCCCAUAUUAAUAGCCUCCCUUAACUAUACGCUGGCGAUCAAAGAGGGAGACUUUCUUACCAGCUCAGCCCCCUUGUCUACCAGCAGACCAGGUGGCCUGCUUCUCUUUGCUAGAUGGCUUACCACAGGCAUUCAGGGCCUAGCAGUUACACGGUAGGCACCAUGUCGGACCGCUUUGACUGCCAUUACUGCCGCCAGCCCUUGCAUGGGAAGAAGUACGUUGAAAAGGAGGGCCGCCACUGCUGCGUGAAGUGCUUUGAGAAGUUCUGCGCUAACACCUGUGCGGAGUGCCGGAAACCGAUUGGAGCCGAUACCAAGGAGCUCCACUUCAAGAACCGCUACUGGCACGAGAACUGCUUCCGGUGCUUCAAAUGCUACACGUCUCUGGUGAACGAGCCCUUCAUGCUGAAGGAGAACAACAAGGUGUGGUGUAACAAGUGCACCACCACUGAGGGUGCGCCCCAUUGCAAGGGGUGCCUCAAGCCCAUCGUUGCCGGUGAUCAGAACGUGGAGUACAAGAAGAUCAUCUGGCACAAGGAUUGUUUCACCUGCAGCCAGUGUAAGCAAGUGAUCGGGACAGGAAGCUUCUUCCCCAAAGAUGAUGAGAUCUAUUGUGUUUCCUGCCAUGAGCAUAAAUUUGCCAAGACCUGUGUGAAGUGCAAGAAUGUUUUGGGAAAGGCACCAACGUGGUCAGCCACGAAGGCCAGUCCUGGCAUGACUACUGCUUCAACUGCAAGAAGUGCUCCAUCCCUUUGGCCAACAAGCCCUUUGUCUACCACAACGAGCAAAUCUACUGCGCCCCUUGCGCCAAGAAGCUGUAGAGGGAGCAGCACGCCUCCCAGUUGUGGGAUAGAUCUCGAACCUUGCGUUUGGAUCCAGUCGGCUCACCGAGCAACUCUCAGCUGUAGGGUUUUUACCUUUUAGAUGCCUGGCCUCCCUUUGCUCUCCUAAAGUACCCAAGGGCAUGCUCCUGCUGCUCGCUCUAUCCUGCCCCUUCAGCAGCUGACGUUAAAUAAAACCUCCAUGGAAACCACGGCCACCAAAUCUGCUUCCUUGCCAUUCAUAGACAUCAACUUGUGUUUAUUUCUUUUUGCUUAUGAGCUCUGCGUAUCCAAAUCCACUUUCUGCCUCUGCUGCACCAUCUCACAAGGGAGUAUAGACAAGUCUACUCUUUAGGUUACUAACUAGUGGGUAUAGGUAGAAAAAGCAGGGUGAACUUGCACGGCUAUUUCUACAGAGUGCUUUUCUGCUCUUCUUUUUUGUCGUAGUUCCAACGAAUAAAGGAAGUUAGGUCUUCUUUCAACUACAAUAUUGCAAACCCAAGUUUCUGAGCAAAACUUUUUCUAAGAGGCGACUUUUCCUCUGUUCUUUGAGUCCCCGGCCAUCUUUGAGCUCCUGGCGCCUCCUUCUGGCACUGUUGAACCAUGACACACCGUUUUAGAGAAGCUUACGAUUAUUCAUGUGCCUCCUUUCAAAACAUUCCUGUUUCACUGACUAGAGUGUGCUACAGAGUGUGGAACAGAGCUUGUAUCUCCUAACACAGAAAAGACCCAGUUCUUAGAACCAACUCUUUCUAAAUAACCUCUACCUCUCAGCUUUUCCAGAUACAGGGAGAGUCCUUCCACAUAUCCUUCAUUUCAAGGUGCUUCUUUCGCCCGAGUAUCACUCUUCCCGAUAUUCUUUCAGCCGUAUUUUGACUCUGUUUAAGGCUUCUGGUGCUUCCUCCACAAAGCACACACUAGUCUUCAAGACACAAUAAGCGAAGCUUCAAUACCGAAAGUGCUAGAGGCGAGACACAAAGCCAAUGCCUCUGUGGUUUUCUGUGGGGCCACCGACACCAAAGGGGAGCCAGAAAAGGACACCUGACUCCAUUUUAUCUUCUUCAGUUUUAGAUGGUUUGGUAAUACCUUUAAGCAUGUACUUAGCAUUCACCAUACAACAGAUAAAGGUGACAUUUUUCUUAACCUAUUGUUUUUUUAAAAUAGUGUAGCUGAAUUUAUGACAUGGCUUCUUCUAACCAGCUUAAUUGUCACGAGGCCACCGCUGACUUAAGAACAAGCCACCCCACUACUCUUUCAGUGCAUUUAAGAAUGAAAAGCUAUAACCUGCCUAACUUCGCUGGAUUGUAAAAGCAGUUUGUCCACCUACCACAGCUACUGAAAAAACACCUCUUGCGUACGCUUUCCUCCUUCAGCUUCUGCACAGGAUGUUUCGCUUGUGAAGCCUUGUGGGAGUAAAGAACUCCCAUUUAUAAAAACGUUGGCAUGGUCGCAACUUGUGUUAUACCAAAGGCAUCUCCUCUAAUAAACAGGAAAUACUGCUUGUUUG